UAACGCAUUUGGCAUUUGUUUUGAUUCUUCAAUAACUCGUGCAUCGUUUGCGCAAACCGAAUCAAAUAUUGCAUCAAAUUAGUGUAAUUUUACUUGAAUUUUGAAUCAUAUUUUUUAUGACUUACUAGUUCAAGAAACAUCUAAUCCAAAAAUGACCGAAUCCGUGGUCGCCAGCCGGCACAAAGACUGCCUGCCGUGCCGGAUUGUCAGUGGAACCGGUGUGCUCGGGAUGGGCGUCUACGUUUGGCUGCAGGCCAAGAAGAGACCCCAAGCCGUGGGUCGGUACGCCAUGUUCAGCGUGGCAGCGGUGGCCGCUGGCGUGGGAGUUACGCGAUUAUUGGACGUCUAUCCGUUUGGCAAAUUUAGUGGAAAAGAACGAUAAAAUAGAUUUAUGUUGUUGCGAGUUUUAAUCAAUAAUUGCUGUUUUAUUUCUUAA